CUUGCAACCGUUGUUCACAGUACGAGCAGCCCUUAGCGGCUCCCCAUCUCACAAGUGUUUAUGAAGUCGGCUUUCCGGCUUAGAUCUUUUUUAUUGUGUGACAUGUUUCACAUCAGGCCCUGCGUGUGCUCCAUCAGUUUCAAUCACUUUCAUCAAUAUGGUAUUGUUCAAAGGUAUUGUUCCUCCAAAAGGUUGUGAUGAGUUCAUGUACAGUGGACAGAAAGGCUUGCAGAGGUUCUUUGUUCUUGCCCUACUGUGUGUGCCUUGGAUACUUCUUGCAAAACCCAAUGUUUCGAUAAUGACCGCAAAGCCCACCAACUGUUUGCUCUUUCAUUUAACAGACAAUCUUCUGACUUUCCCCAACUUUCAAGCCAUCCCGUACCUGCAGAGAAUGGCAUGGAUGCGGAGGUGGGAUCGAUGUCAGGGACAGCACACUAAGGACAGUAAAGAUGGGGCUCCCGUGCCGCAGAGCAGUGAAGACCACGACCUGGGAGAAAUCUUCAUCCAUCAGGGCAUCCACACGAUGGAGUACGUGCUAGGCUCUCACGCUGCCUUGUAUCUGUGACUUUGGGCACUGUCACUGGUGCAUGCCUGUAAGUAUAUGUGGUUAUCUUUUACUUGUUUUUCAAAUAAUUUAUUGCACUAUGGCAAUAUAUUUUAAAUAUAGAGUAGGAAAAAUUAUAUUUCAUAGAGGUGCCACUGAAAGUAAUAAAUUGUAAAUCCUGGUUUCUGUGGCUGUCCUAGAUAUAAUAUUGCUUGUUUUGAUUUACUCAUUAACUCAUUCUUUUCCAUGUUUAAUUUCAACAAACUUAAAUCAAACCAGGUAUUUAAUUUUGUUAAAGUAUUUAAUACAGAUUGUGGAAUUUGGUCAGUACCGUUACUUUCAGUAUAAUUUCAUAUUUAGUGGACAUGUACAGUGAGCAGAAAGAGUAUAGGUGUCCCAUCAUUCUGUAAUAGGGUCAUUCGGCAGUAGAUGAGCACUUAAAAGGAGAGAUCCUCAGAGGUGAGAUUGACUGUUAGUGAAACAAUCUGUAUGAUGAUGUAAGUUAAGUUAGUCACUCACCCCUGUGGGACCUAUUCUGGGAGUAAUCAAUGGAAAAAAUCGGAAUUUUAUGUGACACUCAAUAGAAUUAAAAUAUAAUAGUAUAUUGGCUUGUUACAUGGCAUAACACAUAGGGUAAGGUUGUAGGUUUGAAACUAAUAAUGGCGCUAAAUUUUUGUCAAUGUCUUUAUUACUUUUAUUCCAUUAAUGGUUUUAAAUCUAAAUUUUUUCCUUUGUCACAACUUGUUAAUCACUGAGUAAAAUUUUUCAUUUGUAUUCUUUUUUUUUCACUUUGUAUCAUUCUUUUUCCACUCAAGAUUUUCUGUGUAUGUGACUUUUAUAUUUAUAAAUUAAAUGUUUAAAUAUUCGACACUGCCCAUCUAGAGGUUGAAAAAAAGACAAAAUAAUCUACACUCCUGGAAAUUGAAAUAAGAACACCGUGAAUUCAUCGUCCCAGGAAGGGGAAACUUUAUUGACACAUUCCUGGGGUCAGAUACAUAACAUGAUCACACUGACAGAACCACAGGCACAUAGACACAGGAAACAGAGCAUGUACAAUGUCGGCACUAGUACAGUGUAUAUCCACCUUUCGCAGCAAUGCAGGCUGCUAUUCUCCCAUGGAGAAGAUGGUAGAGAUGCUGGAUGUAGUCCUGUGGAACGGCUUGCAAUGCCAUUUCCACCUGGUGCCUCAGUUGGACCAGCGUUCGUGCUGGACGCGCAGACCACGUGAGACGACG